GGCGGAGCUGAGAGUCAGAGGGUUUAUUUAACUCGUCUCUCUUUCCUCCCUCACUUUCCCAACGCGCCACCAACAGGGUUACCUUCCUUCUGCGGCAGGACCACAGCGUGGACAUCGCAGGAACUAACUUGGACCCAUUUUCACAAGCAAAAUAACCUUUACAUGAAUACGAUUGGUAUAAGAAAUUAAUACAAACCUUGCACAUAUUAAAAGGCAUUUUAGUGCAUUUUCUCUUUUCCAACUUUUUUCAUCACGCACAAAUAAAUUCGUUUUUAUUUCUGAGUGCACUACCUCGACUUUACUGCGUAAUUGGAAUAACAAUAAUGGAGCGAAUUCCUAGCGCGCAACCUCCUCCUCUGUCCAAACACCAGGCUGAUCUGUCGGACAUGCAAGGGAUGGAUUUCCCGAUGUAUGUUUAUAAACCCAGGCGAGGAAUGAAGAGAGGAGAGGAGAGCAAGGAAACCUACAAGCUGCCUCACAGACUUAUUGAGAAGAAAAGGCGUGACCGGAUAAACGAGUGCAUCGCUCAGUUGAAAGAUUUAUUACCAGAGCACCUGAAACUCACGACUCUGGGCCAUCUGGAGAAAGCUGUGGUUUUAGAGCUUACACUGAAGCAUGUGAAAGCCCUCACCUCUCUUCUGGAGCAACAGCAGCAGAAGAUCCACGCUCUGCAGAACGGCAUGCAAAUUGAGCACCCGUCUAUCAACCAGGAGAAGUCAGAGGAGAUGUUCCGCUCUGGUUUCCACAUGUGUGCCAAGGAGAUGCUUCAGUUUCUUGGCAAUCAUGAGACGGAUGAAGACCUCACGCCAUCCCAUGUCAUCAAUCACCUUCACAAGGUAGCCGCAGAGGUGCUGCAAGGUCCGGCCCGACCCCGCACUCCUCUCAGCCCUCAACCCGAGGAGACCCCUGCAUACCACCAGCACCAACUGCACAAAGAGAUGCCCACCAGCUCACCCCCUAAACCCAGCGAGGGCUAUGGGAGGAACUGUGUGCCUGUCAUCCAGCGGGCGUACGCUCCAAUGAGCAGUGAGCAGAGUGGCAGCGAUACGGAUACAGACAGCGGCUAUGGGGGAGAGCUGGAGAAGAGGCCACAGGGACGGCCAGAUUCAUACGGUCAGGAGAGCCAGCUGAAGCGAGGCCUGGGCGGGACGCAGAGCUCCGGCAUAAAGCAGGAGGACGAGGAGCCGCAGCACAAACGACCCCGGGUGGAGUCGUCUGAGGAUGAGCUGCUCUCAGGUGGAGAAUCAUCCACAUCAUCGUCCUCUUGCAGUUACGGCAGUUACAUGAACGUGUCCCCUAACCGUCAGCCUCCUCCUCACCCCCUCUGCAUGCCUUUCUACCUCAUCCCCCCUUCUGCUGCAGCCUACCUGCCAAUGCUGGAGAAAUGCUGGUACCCCGGGGCUGUGCCCAUGCUCUACCCUGGCAUGGGAGGCUCUGCAUCGUCUAUGACAAGUGAAAGACCAUCUCCACCUCAGUUUGUGUUGUCUCAAAGGGGAGGUUCUCCAGCCCCAGCCAUAUCUCAGACCCCCAUGGACUCCCCUGCCCUCCUCCAGGCACUAAAGCAGGUACCACCAAUCAACCUGGAAACCAAAGACUGAGACAUAAGAAAAAACAGGAGUGAAGAGACGAUCCUGUUCUAGUAACUCGGAGCAGAAACGGCAGUAGGAAUGAGAACAUGACUGAUCCUUCCCAUAAUCCAUUCUCAUUCCUGUCCUCUGUUCCUCAGCCUGGAGGUCAAACGGCAAACUGGAUAAAUGAUCAGGAAGAGAUGGAGGAGAGGGCAACAUCCGUCCACACUUGGAGGAUGUAACGCUCUGUUUGAAUGUCAAAUGCUCAGUGGUAUUAAUCAGUGCAAAUGUAUCUCAUGAACUGGACCACACACACACACACUUGGAUGAAUGUAAAGAAAGAAAUGUUAGAUGCUGCUGUGAAAGUAAACGCUGAAGACACUGAUGCAUCACCCUUGUAGCUGUUGCAAUAGAGACACGCCAUCUUUGUACUUUAGAAAGUUUUGCACCAAAUGUUAGCAGUCAUUUUUCACCCCAUGGCCCUUUAGGUCAUCAUUAUCAUAAAUGAGAAUGCCCUUUAAACCAAACACUAUGAUGACUGGCCCCAUAAGAUAAUAAAAAAAGGGGUUUCUUCAAGUGUGCACCGAAGAGAGUACACCCAAUGAAUGGAUGAAGGAACGGGCCACCAUAUGACCACACUGAAUGAGAAGUCUUGUUUUUCAUUGACAGACCUUUUAGAUGGAUUUUCUGUAACUAUUGUUCAUAGACUUCUUGUACAUUUCUAUUUUUGAUACCUGUUGCUGCACUCUGUCCGCCGGAGAAACAGAGGGGGGGGCAGAGCGUGGACAAUUGUACGUUGUGUACUCAGAACUGUGUACAUACUGUAGCACUGUGCUGGACCUGGUCUGCAUACACAACAUCUGUUUCUGCUCAAGUCAAACCUGGUGUUUGUUCUUGCUUUUGCCUUUUACUUGUGAAAAGCUAAGAUGUUUAUUCUCUGUACUUUGUAUGAAUACUGGAUUCAAAAGGAGGAGGGCGGAGGAGAGAAAGUUGAAUGUAAACAUUUUACCAUAAGACUAGUUUUCUAUAGAAUGAGGUACUUGAAAUGUUAUACUUUGGGACCUACAUGAAAGAUGUUUGAUGUACAUAUUUUGUCUAUAAAUGUUGGUAUACAUUAUAUAAGUGUUUUAAUAAAGUAUUUUUUUUUCCCGUG